UAUUCUGAAUAAGUUAUAAAUUCAAAAUUUUAUUUGUUUUUAUUUUCCGGGGCGUCCAUCUUCCAUGUCCGUUGUAAUCCGUACAAAAAUUGUAACAAUAUUAAGGUAGUAGUCAUAUGCGUGCACGAUGACAGGUAUGGACGGAUUCGGUUUUGACGCUCACACCGGAAAUGGGAGUAGUUCUGAGACUUUGGUUGUGAACCUUCCGGCUGGAUUGGGUGGCUUUGUUGGGCAGACCACUCCGAUCAACAUUCCUUUUGGAUCGAGUGCAGCCGUGGGGUCCACUCCGAUCAUCACCUUCGUUGGAUCCUGUGCGACUAUAGGGUCCACUCCGGUCACCUCGGUUAAUGGACCAACCGCGGCUACGAUCGCAAUGGUCACCCCACUUGGACUGAAUAUGGCUUCGGCCAUACCGAUCAUUCCCUCACUUGAACCGAACACAGGUGUCUUCACAUCCGCACCGGUCAGACAUCCUACUGUCAUGCUGCCUGCAAACUCUGUCAAAGAACCGGCAAAGUUCACGGGGGUUGGCUUUAAAAUAUGGCAGCAAAGGAUGUUAUUUUGGCUGACCACCCUCAACCUUGCGAGGUACUUGAGGGAGGAUCCCCCUAUUGUGGGGGAGAACGCGGACGAGCCAACAAUUCAGGCUAAGGAGGCAUGGAUAGCGAAUAACUAUACGUGCCUUAACCUUAUCUUGAAUUUCUUGAGCGAUGCCUUAUAUGUUGUUUAUAGUAGGGCUGCAUCCGCAAAGGAGUUAUGGACUACACUAUCCAACAAAUACCAGGCCAAGGACCUCGGUGCGAAGAAAUUCGUUGUCGGUAAGGUUUUGGAUUUUAAGAUGGUGGAUUCCAAACCCGUUGUCAAUCAAGCUGAAGAAUUGAUCCUCAUUUUGAAUGAUUGCACUGACGAGGGAAUGGGAGUUAAGGGUCUCACUCGUGAGAAGAAAGUAGCUAUUGCUAAGGUCAAUGUGGUGGAGCAUCCACCCAAAGAGGGUUCUUCCAAAGGGCCCAAGCCAAAUAAGGACAAGAAGAAAAUUGGUCCUAAAGAAGGCGUCGCGAAGACUAAGUUCGCGGGGAAAUGUUACAACUAUGGCAUUACGGGCCACCGUUCUUUAGAGUGCCGCAAGAAGCCUCAUAAGAAGAAGAAAGCGGCUGAACGGUACGCGAGUUAUACGUACAAUCAAAGGAACCCAACUCGAUUGAAGAAGAAGAAGAUGGACCCUCGGCCACUUGAGCAGUUGAAAAAGGCCCAAUUCUUCGAACUGCGCGAGGAGGCUAGACAAAAUGGGCUUAAAGUCACCGACGAAGAAAUAUGGUACUCGCUAGUCAAGGGCCAUAACGCAAAGAACCGCGUUCCUAGAGUUGGUGACUACGCGCGGGAAGUGAAGAAGAUCAAUCCGUCCUCCAAACCUCGCCGUUCCAGCACUAGUAGCAGCAGCGCGGCGGAGAUGGCAGCACUUAAAGAGCAAAACCAAAGGCUGCAGGAACAAAUUGAUAAUCUAACCUCAAGCUUGUCGCUGACGAUUCAGGAGGAGAUAAGGAAGUUAUAUGGUGGUAAUCCUCCUCCACGAGGCGAUGAUGAUAGAAUGGGAGGGGCAGGACAGCCUAGGAUUUGUUGACACCUUUGACAUUUGACACAAACACUUUAAUAUUUAGUGUUUUUACAAUAUUAUGAAUUAUGUUACAUUUGCACGUGAAGUUUUAAUUAAUCUCGUUUUGAAUUAUCUAUUUCGUAUUGAAAUCUUGUUUAGAAUUAUGCGUGUGAAAGUUGAAUGUGUGUUUCCCCCCAUUUUAGUAGCUACUGCCUAAAAACAGAAAAUACUGGUGCUGUGAUCAGGUUGUCUG